GCUACCAAGAAGCCAGGUCCGCUGGCCGAGCCAUCUGUCUCCCCAGUGAGGAGCUCCAACGUCUUUUUUGGGGGGCUACAAACGACGGUUGUCAGGGUUCUCGUCUCAUUUUGUGGCAGGAAUGGCCCCCACCCGCAAGCACACAGCGAGUGACCGCUGCACGGGAGGACUUAAGUCUGACAGAAAGAUGAGGAAACCUCUGGUGGAGAAGAAACGACGAGCUCGUAUUAACGACAGCUUACACGAACUCAGGGCUCUCAUGGCGGAUACAGAGAGCCACUCAAAGAUGGAGAACGCCGAAGUACUGGAGAUGACGGUCAAACGGGUGGAGAGUAUCCUGCAGGACCGGGCUCAAGAGGUGGCUGCUGUCAACCGGGAGGCGUGCGAGCGUUUCGCGGCCGGUUACAUCCAGUGCAUGCACGACGUGCACACUUUUGUGUCCAGCUGCCCGACGAUGGACCCCACGGUGGCCGCCGAGCUGCUCAACCACCUCCUGGAGAGCAUGCCCCUGCACGGCCAAGACCGGCUCAGGGCCACGCUCUUAGAUGCAGACCCCCACGCCGGACCCUGGUCUCCAGCGGCCCCGGGCUCGCUGGUGUCGCCGGCCCCCUCCGCCUGCACCUCCGGCGACGACCUCUGCUCGGACCUUGACGACACCGACUUGGAGCAAAGUCAGGUCUCGUCUUCGGAGGAGUCCGAACAGAGUCAGGUUUCUUCGUCUGAGGAGUCGGAGGUGCAGGACACGCCGGGCUGUGUGUCCUUAAAUGGCUCCAAAUCAAUUUGGAGACCCUGGUAGACUAAAGAGUUUUUACUACACGAUUCACUGUUUUAAAGCAGGGGUGUCAAACUCAGUUUCAUGGCUGGCCACAUCGUAGUUGUGGUUUAUGACGGUGAAAACCUUAUAAAUGUAUAAUCACCUCAUCAUAUUAUGACAUGUCCUUAACCGAGUAGCAUAACUGCAUAAGUCAUCUUUUUACGUUUUCAUCCAGUUGCCUUGAUUCAACAUUUGCGGCACAACAUUACAAUGACCUGGUUGACUAACAAUCUACACAGACAUAAAGAAGAUAUUUUUUGCAGUCAUUUUGGUAUAUCUGUAUAUUUUUAUAUUGUGACAGUAAGUUAAAAAUGACUAAGGCAAUUAUGCUAUUAGGCUAGCGAUAUACACAACUGGCCCUGCAUUUUAAUUUUUAUUAUAUCUACCUUUUAACAACAAAUUGAAUUUGGAAUCAGAAGUCUUGGAAAAUAGUGACAAAGCAAAGUAUAGAAUAUAUAAGUAUACAACUAUUGUAAUAAUAAUUAUUGUAAUUUAUGUAAAGAAGGGAUUUGGUUAGAAAAAUGCCUUUAAUGUCUGUCAAAAAUGAAGAAAAAAUGCAAAUUUGGUACCAAGUCAUGCUCAUUUGUAUAGUACCCUCCAUACUCAAGACAAUUUCAUACAGCCUUAAAAAAAACUUACGAUGAUAAACCCCAACAUAAAAGCAGGAGCAAUGAAAAUGUAAACACUUAAUGACAAAAUCCCAAAUAAAAAGCUAGAUGGUGAAAUAAUAUUUUUGAUUUAUGAAAAAUCAGCAGUGAACAAUCAAGUUUUCGGGCCAGAUUUAAAUGUUGCAACAUUUUGAUCAGAUCUCAGCUUUUCAGGACGUUUGUAGCAACACAAUGCUGCUUCACUUUGGCUCUGGUUUUGGAAACUUUCAAUAAGCCUGCACCAAACCACAUCAGUGAUCUCGAAGACUCCUUGGGAACUAAAAGACAAAAGAACUAAUCCAUUUCGCCAGAAACUCAAACUAUACCCACAUCGUUUGCUGUAAUGGACCACCAACAAAUGAUGUGACGGGCCAGAUCUGACCCCCAGGCCUUGAGUUUGACACCUGUGUUUUAAAGCCACGUCUAAAUGUGUGUCAUAUGUAAAGUAUUAGUAAUUGUUUUAAAAAGCAAAUAAGUGAUCUGUAAGGUCACAUUUUGGACGCUUACAGCCUCAUAUAGGAGGCAAAUAUUGUAUAUAUUUACUUGUUAAACAUGAGCUGUAUAGAGCAGUGUUUCCCCAACCUUUAUUGAGCCAAAGCACAUAUUUUAAAUUAGAAAAAUGUCACAAAAUGUAUAAACAGCAGUACCUUGACUUAUGAGUGACCCGACUUUGGAGUUUUUCGAGAUAUGAGCGGUCACUCAGCCAAGUUAAAAAAAAAAAAAAAAAAAAAAAUUGCAUUAUGAGCACUAGAUGGUUACAGCGAAAUUCAUAACAAGCAGUAGAUAGCGAAUAAAUCUUCAAAAAAGAAGUUGAAAUUUACUUUCAAAGAGAAUUACACGUGUAUUUAAAACCACGUUACUUGGCCUUAGGAAGGUUUGCUAGUUGAUGCUAACAUAUAAUGGGAAACGCCAUAGAAGGCUAACAAAAACUAGCAUUGUGGUAGUUGUAAACCUUUAAACAACUUAUAUUUGAUAACAAAUGCGAGCAACACAUGUAGAAAGACUAAUAAUACUCACAGGCAUAUAUUCUUUAUCCUUUGCGAAAAACGACUAACAUUAUUGCAGUUUAGUUGCGACAAUCUGAGUCUAUGUGCAACAAAAUUGAUGCAUGAAAUCAUGAAGCACAAACUGUUGAAUUCUUUUCAUUUUAUUUAAUUAUGUUAUUACUGUAUGUCUUUAUGCAGUACAUUACAGUAGAGUGUGAUUUUUCUUAUUAAAAAACAUUGCAAAAAUAUUUGUCUGUGCUUUUGGACGGCUGGAACAGUGUUAACCGUGUUGGUUACAAUUACAAGUUACCCUGUUGAAACUAUUUCAAUUCCUUUCUAAAAGUAAUAACUAAAUUACAUUUGAUUACAUUUUGAUUAAUGAAUUAUGUGAGUGCGAAUGGUUGUUGUUUAUAUGUGCCCUGCGAUUGGCUGGCGACCAGUUCAGGGUGUACCCCGCCUCUUGCCCAGAGUCAGCCGGGAUAGGCUCCAGCACGCCCUUGUGAGGAUAAGGGGUACGGAAAAUGAAUGAAUGUAUGAAUAAUUUUGAAUUAAUACAAAAAAAAUGUAUUUGUUGCAUUAUAUGUGUACAGCUGCAGAAAAGCCUAAUACCAUACCAUGCUGACCUAAUGACAAAUGUGCACAAUUUAGACAAUAUAUCUUCAAUGACAAUCCAGACAAGUGAAAGUUCGAUAAAAAAGGCAAAAAUUAUAAUGAUGAAAUGUUCUUUUCUGUGUUCAAACGUGUAACGAUGAGUCUUAAUCCCAAAAUCUCAGACAAACUAAUAGAUCCCACCACAAGGUGGCACUUAGAGGUCGUAUUUGGAAAAACAUGUCAUGUUUGAGGCUACAGCAGAAUGGCACAGGACAGGGAGAGAGCCAAUCACAAGCGUCGGCUUUAGAAAGAGGAAAUGAUAUGAAAAUAAAACUGAGUUUUUGCAGCUAUUUUUUCAAAAGCAACUAAAGUUGUAAUUAUGGAAAUUUCCACAAGCAACUGUAAUUGAAUUACAGAUUUUCUCAUAGUAAUGUAAUGGAUUUCAAUUACAUACAUUUUGUAAUUAAAUUACAAUCUAGUUAGAUGUAAGUAGUUACUCCCCAACACUACGGACUAAUGACAUUUCCAUUCAUUUCAAUUGCGAAAGAUGUUUUGAGUCACGAGCGUGGUCAUGGUCUCGUAGGUCAAGGUACCACUGUAUACUGAAAUAUGAAUUAUGUACCUUCUGCCAUUUAGUGGAAGAGCGUGCAAUUAUUCUGCCUGCCACAAAUCACGAUACGUCACUGAGAUAGAUGAACAAAGAUACAUUAUCACAUACAGUGGUUGGGAAUCACGGCUACAGAAGAUUAGAAGCACAUUGUCAGAUUUGUGCAAAUUAUUUCUCCCUUUGUAGUGCUUUUAAUGUAUUUAUAUGCAUCACAUGACAACAGGGAACUUUUUCAAUAAACGGCUUUGUGA